UUCCUGUGGAAGGAGGAAGGGAGAGGCUUGCUAUCGCAAACUCGUCUCACAGUCCAUCGACCACAGAUACAAACACAUUAACCAUCUGGUCAGAGGACAAGACAGGACAGGCCGGGACGAGGAACGGCGAGCUGGACUACCUGCCCUCAUUUAGCCAUUUAUCUGUCCCGUUGUUGGUUGCAAGGGAAUCGCGUGUUUUCAGUGGGUUUUUUUCUUCGUUUUUUUUUAAACCAGCUGUUGAUUCAAAGUAGCCACGAAACAAAGACUCCACAGACACGGACGAGAAACUGUACUGUUGAUCCGAGCAUUGCAGGAGGUUUAUUCCAUUGCAAAUGCAAUUUUAAAAUAAAUAAAAUAACGCAUGGUAGUUUGCUAAAUAGUCGCGGACACUUGUUAAGUGAUUGGCAGCAGAGUUAGCAUCUCUACUAAUAUUGAAAAUAUGGAUGUGAAGCUGCUCCUGUUUUCACUUCUUCUUGGACUCAGUAGGGCACAACAAGAUGGUAACGAGUGCACCAAGGCCUCAGCCCAGUCCUGUGGAGAAUGCAUUCAGGCCGGAGAAAAGUGUGGCUGGUGUAUAGACAAGGACUUUCUGAAACAGGGUGAGCAGAAGUCCACACGCUGUGAUGAGAUUGAAGCUCUGAUUAAGAAGGGCUGCUCUGAAGCCAACAUACAAAAUCCUCGGGGGACUGUUAGUGUCAACAAGAACAAACCUUUAUCCGACCGCACAAAGGAUGGAGUAAAACUGAAGCCGGACGAGAUCACCCAGAUUCAACCACAGAAACUCACCCUAGACCUCAGAUCAGGUGAAGCUCAGAAGUUUAAUCUGACAUUCAAGAGGGCUGAGGAUUAUCCUAUAGAUCUCUACUACCUGAUGGACCUCAGCUACUCAAUGAAAGAUGAUUUAGAGAACGUCAAAAACCUGGGAACCGCCCUUAUGAGUGAAAUGCAAAAGAUCACAUCAGACUUCAGGAUUGGCUUUGGCUCCUUUGUGGAGAAAACUGUCAUGCCGUACAUCAGCACAACACCAGCCAAACUGCUAAACCCCUGCUCAUCAGACCAGAACUGCACCAGCCCGUUCAGCUAUAAAAAUGUGCUGAGUUUGACUUCAGAAGGAUAUCAGUUUAAUGAGCUUGUUAGCAAGCAGCAGAUCUCGGGAAACCUGGACUCACCAGAGGGAGGGUUCGAUGCCAUCAUGCAAGUGGCUGUCUGUGCGAAUCAGAUCGGCUGGAGGAAUGUUACCCGUCUGCUUGUGUUUUCCACGGACGCUGGAUUCCACUUCGCUGGAGACGGAAAACUGGGUGGCAUCGUGCUUCCUAAUGAUGGGAAAUGCCAUCUGCAAGAUAACAUGUACACCAUGAGCCAUUACUAUGACUAUCCUUCGAUUGCACACCUUGUUCAAAAAUUAAGUGAAAACAACAUUCAGACCAUUUUUGCAGUAACUGAAGAGUUCCAUCCAGUUUACCAGGAGCUGAAAAACCUCAUUCCAAAGUCAGCUGUGGGAACGCUAUCCUCGGACUCGGGCAAUGUGAUAAACCUGAUUAUUGAUGCAUAUAAAUCUCUGUCCUCUGAGAUCAUUCUGGAGAACAAUAGGCUCCCUGAAGGUGUGUCCAUCUCCUACGUCUCCCACUGCAAGAAUGGAGUGAGCCAAGAAGGAGAAAAUGGACGAAAGUGCUCCAACAUCUCCAUUGGAGAUCAGGUGAUGUUUGAAGUAUCGAUCACGGCUAAAGGCUGUCCAUCUAAUGACAAACCAGAGACUAUAAAGAUCAAGCCGCAGGGCUUCACGGAGGAGGUGGAGAUCGUCCUCAACUUCAUCUGCGAAUGUGCGUGUCAUAAAGGGGGAAUCCCGAACAGUUCGGAGUGUAGCGGCGGCAACGGUACCCUGGAGUGUGGAGCAUGCAGGUGCAAUGAGGGACGUAUCGGCAGACUUUGUGAAUGUAGUAAAGACGAGGUCAGAACAGAUGAUCUGGACGCGAACUGCCGCAUGGAUAACGGGACGGACAUCUGCAGCAACAAUGGGGACUGCGUUUGUGGAACAUGUGAGUGCAAGAAAAGAGACAACCCUGAGGAGAGAUACAGCGGGAAGUUCUGCGAGUGUGACAACUUCAGCUGUGACCGCUCCAACAACAAGCUCUGCGGAGGUCAUGGUCGUUGUGAAUGCCGAAAGUGUAUGUGUGACGCUAACUACACGGGCAGUGCGUGCGACUGCUCUCUGGACACCUCCACCUGUCUGGCCAGUAACAAACAGAUCUGUAACGGUCGGGGCACCUGCGACUGCGGCCAGUGCAAAUGUACCGACUUAAAGUUUCAGGGUCCAACUUGUGAAAUCUGCCCAACCUGCCCCGGAGUCUGUACUGAACACAAGGAUUGCGUCCAGUGCCGAGCAUUUGGUACUGGUGAAAAGAAAGACACGUGUAACGAACAAUGUAACAACUUCAUUCUUGUAAAGAAGAAGAAGAAGGAAGAACUUCCUCAGCCCAACGACCAGCCAUACAUCAAUCACUGCAAAGAGCGCGAUGCUAAUGACUGUUGGUUUUUCUUCACCUACGCUACUAAGAACGACAGCACCAUUGAGGUCCAUGUGGUAGAGGAACUUGAGUGUCCCUCUGGCCCUGACAUCAUCCCCAUCGUAGCGGGUGUGGUCGCAGGAAUCGUUCUGAUUGGUUUAGCACUUCUGCUCAUCUGGAAGCUGCUCAUGAUUAUUCAUGACCGCAGAGAGUUCGCCAAGUUCGAGAAGGAGAAGAUGAAUGCCAGAUGGGACACGGGCGAGAACCCCAUUUACAAGAGUGCUGUGACAACGGUGGUCAACCCCAAAUAUGAGGGCAAGUAAUGGACGAACGUGUCAAUCUUCCAGCAACACUGAAUGCAGAGCAGUUCAAGAGGAAUGGAAGAGUUGAACUUCACUCAGUUUAUUUUCUUUUUGUGUUUUUUAAAUCACCUUUUGGCAGUGCAUUUGAUCGAUUAACCUGUGUUGCUAUGCAUUGUUUUGGAACUGUACAGUAUGUAAAAACUUGAGUUUUUACUUUAUGCAAUCUGAGACAAAAUCAUUUCAGUGUUCAGUUUAGAUUUUUAGCCACAGAUCUGCCUUGUUUUUCUGAAUGUUACAACUGAUCUUGAGUUAGAUGACGGGUUUUGUAGGUAAGAUGUGGUCAAGUAUGCAUUAAGGAUGUUAUACAGAAAGACUAGGCACAAUUAUUUGAGUCAGUUUGUGUCUUCUGACGGAAGAGGAAACUUUCUGAACCUGUGGAUGGAGUGUCCUGUCACUGGUGUAGUAGGUAGCUGCAGCCGACCACUGCUGUUUGCACACAUGGUGCUUUUCAUCUAGAUGCUUAAGUCGUCUGCAGAAAUCCGGAUGAUUUGAGACCAUAUUAUAAUUUUUAAGUCUGUGUGACUUUGUAUUGGUGUGCUCACUUUGCCUUUCUUUGGUCUGUGAGACAGGUGGCUUAGUGACCUUCUAUAGUGCACAUUAAUGAGUUGAAACAAUCUAAAAUGGACAGGUUUAAUAUCUUUUUAAUUGCAUCAAAAAAAAAAUUGUGAAUUAAUGUGUCAAGUGUUUGAUUUAAAUGCCAUUGACUUGAUAACAUCUGAGUUUGAAUGCUGUUCGAGAGAGAUUUUCAACAUUGUCUGUGCAUGGAACAAUCAACUUUUUAUUAUGAUUAUAAUGUGGAGAAAUAUGAAAAGAUCUUCAGGUUUUAGGUUUGUUUAAAGAAUGAGGAAAUGAAAACUCAGGUCCUGAUUUUCUCUCUAUAACUGAUGCCAAAUCUUUGUCUACAGUGCAUGAUCUAUUUUCCAGAUGUGAACUUCACUUUUAUUUUGUUUUAUUUGUCCCUUUGUAACAUUGUUCAUAAAUCAGAAUAACUUCUCAUAUUAUUUUUAGUAAAGACCAGUGUUAAAGAAAGAUUACUUCUCUCUCUCUCUCUAAAGCUUUGAAAAGCUUAAUCAUGUUACAUACACACUUUGCAUUUUAAAGUCAUUUUUGCAUCAUGCUCAUUGUCUUUUGUUUCUAGGAGUUAUUUAUUUAAAAAAAAAUAAACAACCCAAAACACUGGA